AUGGCUAUUUUCUAUACCGCCCUACAUUCCGCAGCAAUUCUUGCGGUGACGUGGUCAUGCAGCGCCCUCACCAGUGCAUCUCGCCGUUCUGCUGACUUGGUACACAAGGCUCUUCUGCCGGCAUCACGUAAAACUCCAAAGGACUCUGAACUGCGGCGCCAGCUGCAGCUGUUCUCGCAGCAGCUGCUGCAUCGUAGUCCGCGCAUCACCGCCUGUGGGCUUUUCGUCAUCGAUCUUAGUAAUAUUUCAUCAAUGAUGGCUGCUGUUGUUUCCUAUCUAGUGACAGUUGUUGUAACCAUCAUUUUAUUGUUUUUAAUGAAAUACAUGGUGUACUUGUUUGUUUUUUUCCCCAUUAGGUUACUGGAUAUAUCAUCUCUUUCUUACAACCUGCUGCUCAAGGCGCUGCUUGCUCCCGUAAGCGGCGAUUCCAGGGCGAACCAGUUGAGGAAUCAGCUGCAACUGUUCCUCCAACAGGUGCAGCACCGCCGGCUACGUUUCACGGCCUGUGGGCUCUUCACCAUCGAUCUCUCAAUUCUCUCGACAAUGGCAGCAGCUGCUAUCUCCUAUAUCGUCAUAAUUUUUCAGUUUCAGAUUAGUAACACGAAUGAAUCUGGUGAGAAGUGUAGCUGUAAAUAG